AUGACUGUAACUGACGAGGAGAAAGAUCUUGAGAGACAAAUGAAGAUAGAAAGAGAGCGAUUGAGGAACAUUAGCGGAACAGUGAGCCAGUUCGAGCAGAUACGCCGCGAUGCAGUCCUUGAAAUCGAGAAGCAGCAAGAAGAGCAACUCCAUUCGCAGAAAAAACUUGAAGAUUAUGAAAAGCAGUUGCGAGAUUUGACGACGAAGAGGCAGCAAGAAGAAUUGAAAAAGCUCAAGGAAGAGUUGGAAACUUUGCUUGUCGAAGAAAAGAAUGAUGUUGAAGAAGCCAAGACAUUAUUUACGAAACUAUCGAAAAGAAAUGAAAUGAUCGAGCGAGUCAAGAAUAAUAUUCUCAAGAAGAAACAACAGCUCAAGGACAACAACAUCGAUGAUACGUCCACUGAUGAGAUUAUUAAAAAUAUCGAGACGACACGAGCAAGAAAAUUUUCAUUUCUAGUGAGGACACCGUCUGAACACCUCGCAAUGCUGAACCAACAAGUAUCUCAAAAAGAAGGCAAAUAUCCAAAACGCGCUCCAUCAGUAUCCGGCAACCAGAAAAAUGGCGGUGACUACCAACUAUCCGGCGUCACUUCCAAACAGCUCAGCUUGGAACGCCAAGUUGUCGAGCUCAACUCACUGAAUCAAGAGCUCGAGCGUCGACUUCAAGGCGUUACUGAAAAUUUCCGCCAAGCGAGAUCUCACCACGAGCAAGAACUCGCUCAGCAACGAGCCUCAAGCCAGGCUAUUGAGCUUCAAGCAAGCGAGCACACUGCUCUUGCUCAACAAUAUCAUGCUCAACUGACGGAAAUGAGGGGAUCGAUGGAGCAACUUAGUAAGAAUUCAACCACGCUUCAGCAGAAUGUGAUCGAGAUGCAGACUCACCUCCAGGCCAAAGACAAACAAUUACAGCAAUACCUUCAAGAAGCCCAGCGAGCGGCGCAGGGCAAUCCAGUGCUCAACGAAGCCCACAUGGGACGAAUGCUACGCAUGAAAGUCGUUGAGCUCGAGGAGACUGUUUCCGGCCGCGCUAGAAUAAUCGAAAUGCUUCAGCAGGAGCUUUCGUCCAAAGAAUCCACCUCGACUAAAAUGACGGAAGCAGCGCAGCAGAUUCAGGCUCAAUUUGCUAUGCUCCAAGCUGGAAAAAGCAGUUUGGAACAAAAAAUAACGGCUGAAGAGCAGCGCCAUCUCCAAGAAAAAGACCAACUCGUUAAAGCUUUGGAAAACUAUUCGAAAGAAGCUCAGGAUGCGCAGACAAAUGCUCAAACAGCAUUUGGUGAGAAACAGCGGGAAUAUGAAAUGAAAAUUUCUGAAACGAUGAAACAACUUGACGUCGUUCAAAAUCAAAAUGAACAGUUGGAAACAUCCAAAGCGGAAGUAGAAAAGCUCUUGGCAGAAAACCAGGAAGAACUUGAAAAAACUCGAGUUCAAGCAAAGAAAUUACAGUCCGAUUUAGUCGAAACGACUGAAAUUCUCCAGCAACAACUAAAUCAGGCGACCCGUGAGUUGACUAAAGAAUUCAAGGACAAGCAAAAUUCUUGGGCUGAGGAACGCAAACGACUCGACAAUGCUGUUCAAGAAAUGACCGAGAAAUCCGCAGAUCUUGAAAAUCAAUUAGGAAAGCAAAACAAUGAAUACAAUCAACAAAUCCAAAUGUACCAAGAUCGAGAAGCUGAGCUGACAAAUGCGCUUGCUCAGCAUCAAGCUGAACUAGAAAAAUCCCAAAAGCAGACGAUAGAUCUUGCCGAGAGUCUUCGCUUGCUUCAGGUCGAUAUCAACACCAAAGCGGCUGAUUGGGGAGAAGAAAAGCGACAAGUUGAGCUUUUCAUUCAAAACGCGAACAAGGAUUUUGACGAGCGUGCAAACGAAGCUAGAAGACAACAAGAAGGAUGGGAAAGUGCGAAACUAAACUAUGAGAAUCAGAUCGGUCAGCUCACAGCUCAAGUCGAGGAGCUAACGAAAUCAAUCACUGAGCUCGAUGAAAUGACAGCAGACGAGCGUGAGCAACUCCAAAGCACUCUUUUGAACAACACCAAGGUCGCUGAGGAGAAUAUUGGAAAAUUGCAACGAGAAAACGAGGAUUUUCGAAAAGCGGUGGCGACACUUCAGCAAGAAAAUGAAACGAUCGAGCGUGGCUGGUCGGAUAGAUUUGUUCAGAUGGAGCAAGACUGGAACGAUAGACUCCAACGAGCAGUUCGAGAAAGUGAACGAAGCCGAGGAGAAUACGAUCAACUCGGCAAGGACAACGCCAAGCGAAUGGAAGUCAUCGAGAAGACCUUUGCCGAGGAGCGCUCAAGCAUGGAAGCUCGAAUCAAGCAACUUCAGGCGGAGAUUGAACGCGAGCGAGAGACUCAAGACAAAAUCCGUGAGGAAAAUCGAACGCUAAGAAUCGACCUGGAGCAGAGUAACAGUAAAGGAGAAAGUGCGAAUCGAUCUUUCCAGCGACAGAAAGAAGCUCUUGAAAAGGAGAAAGAAGAUGCAAACAAGCUUCGAGAGAAAGAAAAGGAGCAAUUUGUUGCAGAGCGUGCUCAAUUAGAAAACUACCUUCGUUCAGUCUCUGAACAUGUCAAAGCUCUACAAGACUCAUCGACAGCUGCGGCAGAACGAUUCAGCGCGGAGAGAACAAAGCUCGAAGAAGAAAUAAACUCUACGCAGGAAGAAUCGAAGGAAAAGCAAAAUGAGUUGAGAAAAGAACGGGAUGAGCUUCAGAUCGAAAUUGCUCGAUUCAAGUCGCACUCUAAACAAGAACUCGAGCAAAAACUCGAAGAGAUCAGUAUCGCUCAGUCGAAAAUAGCUCGCCUCGAGAAGAACAGAGAUGAGCUUGAAAACCAGCUAGAACAACUCGCAAAGACUCAUAAUCUUUCUGAGCAGCAGCUCGCCGAAGCAACAGAAAAUUCAAUGAGCAUUGAAUCAAGAUCGAAGCAAGAGCGCGAAGAAUUCGAAAAAAUGCAAUCAUCACUCGAAGAAACCAUCAAGGGAAAAAACCGACAAGUCGAGGAACUUACAGCUCAACUUCUUCAAAGCCAGCUUCAAACGGAAAACAUCAAGAAAGACUCGUCUGAUUUGGUUGCGCAAAAGGAUGCAAGCUUUGCAAAGCUGAAAAAGGAGCUCGAAGAAGCUCAGAUUGCCUUCGAGAAUUUCAAGAAAGAAUCCCAACUGAAGGAAGAAUCAAUGAUUGAAGAACAGCGUGAUGAACUUCAGAAAGUUCAGCGAGAAAAUGCAAGAAAACUCAACGAGAUCACUUCGAUGAUGCAACUAUCAACAGCAGAAAAGGAAAAGAUCGAGGCGGAAAUGAGCGAAAAAUUGGCAAAAACUGAGGCAGAAAUGGCUGAAAAGCUUCAAAAGACUUCCCAGGAGUCGGAAAUUGCGGAACAAAAAGCUAAGCAAGAAUUGCUAACUGAAAAGAAUCAAUUCGAUGUUCAAAUGUCGUCUCUCUCGCAGCACAUCCAAGCUCUUACCCUUGACGGAACCCAAAAAGCCGAAGCAAUCCAGUCUCUCCAAGCAGCAAAGGCCGAAGUUGAGCUCCACCUCGCACAGGCCAUUCAAAAUCAAGAACAGCUCACGAGCCAGCUCAAGAAUCACCAUGAACAGGCUGAGCUUGCUCUAAAGCAGUACAAGACGGAGCUUGCUAAUAAAGAAAAUGAAAUUUCUCAAAAGAUGAGUUUGAUUGAUGCGAAACAAAAAGAAAUAAUCGGCCUUGAGCAACAGAAUAUUACUCAAGAAGGACAGAUUAACAAGUUGAAAAAUGAAGUUCAGAAAAUGCAUGAUGAUUGGAAAAUGCACGAGCAAAUGCUUGCGGCUUCCGCAACGAAUCUCAAAUCUCAAUAUGAAAAUCUCGCAUCCGAUGCUUCUUCCAAAAUUUCCGAGCGAGAUGGCGCCAUCAAUGAGCUCAAGAAGGAAAAGCUUUCUUUCUCUCAAAUGGUUGAAGAAUCCAACCGCUCGGUCCAUCAGCUCAAGCUGAACUUGGAGCGCGUAACAAACGAAAACUCAACUCUUGCUGCGGAAAUCGAGGAAGCGAAGUUAAAAUAUAAAGCGUUGCUGAAAGACAGUAUCCAGCAAAAAGAAACGAUCUCAGAGCGAGAUCUUGCGCUAGAAAAGUCGAAGAAGGAGCUUGAUCGAGCUAAAGAGGAAUUGAAGCAAAAAGAGCAGAGAAUCUUUUCUGCCGAAGAGGAAAUAUCUGUUCUUCGGGACAAGUCUGGUGGUGCUACUAAGGCCCUUUCAAAGGAGAAAAAGCGGCUUGAAGAAGUUGAGGACUCCCUCCAACAAGCGCUUCUAGCCGGAAAACAACGAGAAGCUCAACUCAACUCAGAAAUCGAGAGCAAGGAAGAGUUCAUUCAUAAACUUGAACGGAAGAACGCUGAAAUGGUCAGACGACUUCAUCAAUUUGACCUUGAGAAGGACGAAAUGGUCGAGCGAGAGGAACGGCUAAACAAUCUUUUGUCAGAAGGAAAUGAAACCUACGGAGCUCUUCAAAACGAGAUGGAAUCUCUUAAAAACCAGUACGAGCGAAGAUUGAGAACAUGUGAUGAGACAAAGAGAGAAAACGAAGCAACCAUUCAUUCUCUCGAGGUCGACAUUGAAAAUAUGAGGGCGCGGCUACUCGAUGCUGAGAAAACAUCUGAAAGGCUCAAAGCAGAUGUUGAUAACAAAGAACGCGAAAUAACACGUGAACGACAGCAGCAUAAGCUCAAGGAUAGCGAGGCAAAUGAACGAAUCGAAGGUCUCCAGCACGACCUCAAAAUCCAGCAGAAAACACUUCAAGCAGUCACAAUGGAUCUUGAGUCCCAAGCAGCCGAAGAGACUGGUCGACUGGAAAGACAAAUUGACAUGCUCAAGAUGGAAGUUGAAAGCAAAGACAAUGAGCUUAAUAUAGACAUCUUGGAUCAAUCUGCGAGUGAUCUUCGUGGCGAAUUAGAAGUUAUCGUUGCCCAACUUGACCAGACUCGCCAAGAAAAGAACUCACUCACUGUUCGACUUCGAGAACAAGAAGUCAUCGACGACGAACUUAAUUCAAAUCUGAGCGAGGUUCAGCAGAUGAAACAAGAGCGAGAGAAACUAAAAUCUGUUCUCAACGAGAAAUCCAAAGAAAUCGACAGUUUGACGAUCCAACUCCAGCGCUCGGAUAAACGAGUGGAACAAGUAGAAUCCGAAAUGAAACAGAAAUCCGUCGAAAGCACUGAAGCUGCCGAGCGAGUUGAAGACGCUAGAAAGCUUAUUCAAGAUCUUCGACGAGAAAAAGAUGAACUAGUGUCUAUGAUUGGCCAACGAUCAAGCGACCAAAACUUGAAAUUUACACAGAAAAUCGAAAAACUUCGCGAAGAAAAUCGCGAUUUGCAGAAGAAGCUUGAUGAUGUCAGACGAGAAAGUCGAUUGGAAGCUAAGACACUCUCUGAAGCUUCGAACAUCAAACAAGUUCUCAGAGAGAAGCAACACUACCAGGAGCUCUCAGAGGAUCUCAAAGUUGAAAUUCAAAAACUCAAGAAUCAAAUGAACGAAAAGACUCGAUACUAUUCAACAUCUUCGAGCAACAAUGAAGUCACAAAAAUGCUUGAGAAAGAAAAUCAAGAGCUCAAGGCUGAAAUCAGAGUUCUUCAACAGGAGUCGAGGCAAAAUCGUCAAAGAAGUUGGUCAAGAUCAAGCGCUCUUAACUCUUCAACUGCUUCUGCUCAAGGUCACGAGACGACCGAAGAAAGAAGACUCAAGGCUGAGAAUUCUUUGCUUGUCAAUCGCCUUCGAGAUCUGACAGACGAAUGCCGAAACAUGCAAAAACAAAGAAGUAUGAGCAGAGAUGAGCCCAACAUGUCCGGAGUCAUCGAAGAGCGAGAUCAACUCAGAGGAGCAAUUCAAAAGAUCGCUUCUCUUAGAAAAAUGGAGCUUCAACAAAUUGACCAGUAUAAACAAAAAAUCGCAGACUCUGAAAAUUUGGAAAAAGAACUCAACGACCUAAAAGUCAAAAAUACAAGCCAAGCUGAAAUGGUCAAAGUGAUCACCAUCGAACGCGAGCGACUUUUGACCGAGAAAACGAUGCUUCUUCAAGAACGAGACCGAAUCCUUGAAGAAAGAAGCUCUAUUCUCAAGUUUGCCAAGAGCGGAGAAGGCAGCACUGGCGAGCUCUGCAGACAUCUUGAAGUUGUCAUCAACCAGAAACAAGAGCUCCACAACGAGAACAACAAGCUCAGAGCCGAUAACGAUCUGUUGAAGAAAGACAAGCAGCGGUUGGUUGAAGAACGGGACGCAGCUCAAUUCCGAGUUGGCUGCCUCGAAGCCGAGAUCGCUCAUCCAUUCCCAGAAAAGGACAGCGACGGCUUCAAGAACCAACUGGCCGCUUCCGCUUUGGUCGUCGAGCAGCUCCGCGAGGACGUAGCCCGACUAACGGCCGAGAACCAGAAGCUAAAAGGCAAGUUUAGCGCAAAACUACCUGUCUGA